GCGAGAGCUUGGGGGGGCAGUCUCUGGAUUAGUGUUCUGGGCAAUUUCAACUUCAGGGCAACUUUUGAGAACUUCAGUUAUUUUUGGUUCUGACAUACAGCUGAGACCAGGGGAGCCUGAGGUUGAGGCUGAUGCAGAAGAAGACGAUUCUGUCAAUGAAGUGACAAUAGAAAACAUACGGCCAAGGCCACAAGGAUCCUCUCCAGUUUAUGAGUAUUCCAUAGAAGAAGAAUAUUUUAACAAAAAGCUACAAGAAGAUACAGAGAAUGAAAAAUAUUCCACAGACAAACAAAAAAUGAGUCAUUCACAGGAGUCUAUGGAGGUGACCCUGAAAACAGAAGUGGAAUCUGGUGCUAGCGGUUUUAGUGUGACUGGUGGAGGAAAUGAAGGAAUAUUUGUAAAACAGGUGCUCAAGGGAUCCCCUGCUUCGAAAAUAUUCAGUUUGAGAGAAGGUGAUCAGCUAUUAAGUGCCACAAUAUUUUUUGAUAAUAUCAAAUAUGAAGAUGCACUCAAGAUUCUACAGUAUUCCGAGCCAUACAAAGUACAAUUCAGUCUCAAGAGAAAACUUGCUGGGAAAGAAGAGCUAGAAAAAAUUCAUUCUACAGCACAACACAAGAAGGAAAAAAUAAGUCAGGAAAAAGAGCUUAAUGAAAAAAUUCCUGGAACAACACUGGAAAUUUCAGAAAAGAUUAUUUCAGAAGAAGACAAGGAAAAGAGAAUUGUAAAACAAAGGGUGGGAAGAACAAAACGACCCAGAAAAGAGAGAUUGUCCUGGCCCAAAUUCCAGUCAAUGAAAAAUAAAAAGAUUUCGGGGCACAGAAGAUCUCAUAGUACAUCAGAUGCACAUGAGCAUGCUACACAAGCUAUUUCCCCAACAAGCGCUGACACUGAGUCACAAUUACAACAAGAAGAAUUCUGUUCUAAAGAGAAAAAAGGAAGCCAAAAGAAACUGAAGUUCCCUAAUAUUGGGUUCAAAAUGCAUAGAACAAAAGCAGAAACAGAAGAGAAGCAGAGCUUAGAAAUAAAAACCAUGACACCAACAAAAAAGGAUAAAAUACGAAAAGAAGAUGUCAGCAUGGAAACUCCAGAAAUACUAACUGUACAAUAUAGCGCAUCUUCCGCAUAUGAAACAAAAGCAAGUGAAAUACAAGACCAUGUCCAAAAAGACUUAAAAGACAUAGAAAAUGGCUUACCAAUUUAUACAGAGAAGUACUCUGAAGUUGAAAUUAACAUUACAAAACAAAAAGACCAGAUAGCAACAUCUAAACCUACUACUGCAACAUCACAAAUACCACCAAUAACAACAGAAAUUUCUAAACCUACAUCAGAAAUACAAACACCUGGUCUCAAAGACAUACAAAGCAAACAAAUACCACAAGCUUUACCAAGGACAAGAAAAAAGAAACAAAAAGAUUCAUCAGAAAAAAAAUCCAUCAACAUUUCUCUGCAACCUCCUGAAGAAGGGAUAACAAAUAAAGAAAUGAGGGAUCACCUAGAACACACUUCUGUUCAAAUAAAGGGCCUAGAAAUAAAAACAACAAAAAAAGAAACUGGAAAAACAAAACAAGAAAACGAGAUGAAUGAAGAAUGUGAGCACGAUCAGAUGCAAAUAUCAGAUAUAAAAAAAGAAAACUUUGGAAUUUACACCAAUAAGGGAAAGAAGUCAGAAAGUGAAAUCACAUUACACAAACUGGAAACUGACAUAUACAAGAAAACAGUAAAAAUAGAAGCAACUGAAAUUGAUAUGAACGUCCCAAAAGCACCAGUGCAAAUCGAUCCUGUGACAGAAGGCUCAGGCUGGAAAAUGCAACUGCUAUCACUCAAAAUACCAAAAGUGCUGAAACCAGACAUUCAAGCACCAAAGGUGGACAUCACCCUCCCAUCAGAAGAUGUUUCUCCUCCAAUAGCGGAGGUGGAGAUUCAGGGCCCAGAAGCAACAGCUAAAGCGGUGCAGAUAGAAGGUGAAAUAAAAGCCACAGAUAAAGAUGCCAAAGGAAAAGAAAGUAAGUUCAAAAUGCCAAAAUUCAGUAUGCCUUCAUUUGGCUGGUCCACCACAAAAGAGACUGGUGGUGGAGUAGCAGAUGUUGAAGCAAGCCUGAAAGAGCCCCAAGUGACAAUGCCAUCAGCCAGGGAAGAAGGAGAAAUAACAGUGUCAGGACCUGCAAUUCAGGCUCCAAGUGUUGAACUGGAUAUCGGGACAUCUGCAGGAAAAGAUGGUGAGAAGGGGAAAAUUAAAAUGCCUGAUGUUAAGCUGCCGACUGUGAAGCUUCCCAAAGUCAAGGCUCCCCAGGUUCAGGUCAGUCUGCCAAAGGUGGAGACAGAUAUUUCUCUUCCCAAAUCACAAUCUGAAAUUAAAGAAGUGGGAUUUGAAGUGAAAGUUCCUGACAUGGAAAGCUGUAUUGAAGUUGAGACAGGGAAAGCUGAGGCAACAGGGAUGAAAAUACACAUGCCAAAAGUCAAGAUGCCUUCUAUAGGAUUUUCUAAACCAGAAAUCAAAGCUCCCAAAGGAGACAUGGAUGUUACUUUACACAAAGUCGAUGUCACACUUCCAACGUCUGAUGUCAGUCUUCAAGAAGCUGACCUGAAAGCAGCCUCUGUUCCCGCAGAUGUCAAAAUCUCAGCACCUGGAGUCAAGAUACCCAAAAUAGAAGGUUCCAUUCAGCUGAAGAGUCCAGGGAUUGAAGUGAAACAGCCAUCACCUGAAAUUGCAGUGGAGGAACCGGAGGGGAAAGCUGCCAGUUUGGAAGGGAAAAUUCAAAUGCCUAAAUUUGAAAAGCCAAAGUUUGAAGUUUCACUUCCAAAAGGCAAUGUGCUAGAAGGUGAGAUCAGCUUACCCAAAAUGGAAGCUGACAUUCCCAAGCCAAAAGUCAAAGGCCAAGUGGGUACAAAUGGCGUGGAAACCCCGACGCUAGCAGUGGAAGCUGAUGUUCCGGACGUAGAGACUGAGGUUUCUGGCUGGAAAAUACAAAUGCCAUCACUCCAAAUGCCGAAAGCAGAAAUUGAAGCACCAAAGAUGCACAUCACCCUCCCAUCAGUAGAUGUUUCUCUUCCAAAGGCCGAGGUGAACAUUCAAGGCCCAGAAGCAACAGCUAAAGUGGUGCAGAUAGAAGGUGAAAUAAAAGUCACUGAUAAAGAUGCCAAAGGAAAAGAAAGUAAGUUCAAAAUGCCAAAAUUCAGUAUGCCUUCAUUUGGCUGGUCCACCACAAAAGAGACCAGUGGUAGAGUAGCAGAUGUUGAAGCAAGCCUCAAAGAGCCCCAGGUGACAAUGCCAUCAGCCAGGGCAGAAGGAGAGAUAACAGUGUCAGGACCUGCAAUCCAGGCUCCAAGUGUUGAACUGGAAAUCGGGACUUCUGCAGGAACAGAUGAUGAGAGGGGAAAAAUUAAAAUGCCUGAUCUUAAGCUGCCGUGUGUGAAGCUUCCCGAGGUCAAGGCUCCCCAGGUACAGGUCAGUCUGCGAAAGGCGGAGGCAGAUAUUUCCCUUCCCAAAUCACAAGCCGAAAUUAAAGACGGGAGAUUUGAAGUGAAAGUUCCCGACAUGGAAAGCCGUAUUGAAGUUGAAACAAGGAAAACUGAGGCAGCAGGGAUAAAAAUACACAUGCCAAAAGUCAAGAUGCCUUCUUUGGGAUUUUCUAAACCAGAGAUCAAAGCUCCCAAAGGAGAUGUGGAUGUUACUAUAUCCAAAGUCGAUGUCACACUUCCAACGUCUGAUGUCAGUCUUCAAGAAGCUGACCUGAAAGCAGCCUCUGUUCCCACAGAUGUCAAAAUCUCAGCACCUGGAGUCAAGAUGCCCAAAAUAGAAGGUUCCAUUCAGUUGACGGGUCCUGGGAUGGAAGCGAAAGAGAAAUUGGCUGAAUUUGCGGUGGAGAGAACAGCCGAGAAAGCUGCCAGUUUGGAACGGCAAAUUCAGAUGCCUACAUUUGAAAAGCCCACGUAUGGAGUUUCACUUCCAAAAGGCAAAGGGCCAGAAGGCGAGAUUAGCUUACCCAAAAUGGAAGCUGACAUUCCAAAGCCAAAAGUCAAAGGCCAAGUGGGUGCAAUCGGCGUGGAAACCCCGACACUAGCAGUGGAAGCUGAUGUUCCACAUGUAGACACUGAAGUUUCUGGCUGGAAAAUACAAAUGCCAUCACUCAAAAUGCCCAAAAUGCCGAAAGCAGACAUUCAAGCACCAAAGGUGGACAUCACCCUCCCAUCAGUAGAUGUUUCUCUUCCAAAGGCCGAGGUGGACAUUCAAGGCCCAGAAGCAACAGCUAAAGUGGUGCAGAUAGAAGGUGAAAUAAAAGUCACUGAUAAAGAUGCCAAAGGAAAAGAAAGUAAGUUCAAAAUGCCAAAAUUCAGUAUGCCUUCAUUUGGCUGGUCCACCACAAAAGAGACCAGUGGUAGAGUAGCAGAUGUUGAAGCAAGCCUCAAAGAGCCCCAGGUGACAAUGCCAUCAGCCAGGGCAGAAGGAGAGAUAACAGUGUCAGGACCUGCAAUCCAGGCUCCAAGUGUUGAACUGGAAAUCGGGACUUCUGCAGGAACAGAUGAUGAGAGGGGAAAAAUUAAAAUGCCUGAUCUUAAGCUGCCGUGUGUGAAGCUUCCCGAGGUCAAGGCUCCCCAGGUACAGGUCAGUCUGCGAAAGGCGGAGGCAGAUAUUUCCCUUCCCAAAUCACAAGCCGAAAUUAAAGACGGGAGAUUUGAAGUGAAAGUUCCCGACAUGGAAAGCCGUAUUGAAGUUGAAACAGGGAAAACUGAGGCAGCAGGGAUAAAAAUACACAUGCCAAAAGUCAAGAUGCCUUCUUUGGGAUUUUCUAAACCAGAGAUCAAAGCUCCCAAAGGAGAUGUGGAUGUUACUAUAUCCAAAGUCGAUGUCACACUUCCAACGUCUGAUGUCAGUCUUCAAGAAGCUGACCUGAAAGCAGCCUCUGUUCCCACAGAUGUCAAAAUCUCAGCACCUGGAGUCAAGAUGCCCAAAAUAGAAGGUUCCAUUCAGUUGACGGGUCCUGGGAUGGAAGCGAAAGAGCCAUUGGCUGAAUUUGCGGUGGAGAGAACAGCCGAGAAAGCUGCCAGUUUGGAACGGCAAAUUCAGAUGCCUACAUUUGAAAAGCCCACGUAUGGAGUUUCACUUCCAAAAGGCAAAGGGCCAGAAGGCGAGAUUAGCUUACCCAAAAUGGAAGCUGACAUUCCAAAGCCAAAAGUCAAAGGCCAAGUGGGUGCAAUCGGCGUGGAAACCCCGACACUAGCAGUGGAAGCUGAUGUUCCACAUGUAGACACUGAAGUUUCUGGCUGGAAAAUACAAAUGCCAUCACUCAAAAUGCCCAAAAUGCCGAAAGCAGACAUUCAAGCACCAAAGGUGGACAUCACCCUCCCAUCAGUAGAUGUUUCUCUUCCAAAGGCCAAGGUGGACAUUAAGGGCCCAGAAACAACAGCUAAAGCGGUGGAGAUAGAAGGUGAAAUAAAAGUCACUGAUAAAGAUGCUAAAGGAAAAGAAAGAAAAUUCAAAAUGCCAACAUUUGGCAUGCCUUCAUUUGGCUGGUCCACCUCAAAAGAGACCAGUGGGGGAGUAGCAGAUGUUGAAGCAAGCCUCAAAGAGCCCCAGGUGAAAAUGCCAUCAGCCAGGGCAGAAGGAGAGAUAACAGUGUCAGGACCUGCAAUCCAGGCUCCAAGUGUUGAACUGGAAAUCGGGACUUCUGCAGGAAAAGAUGGUGAGAAGGGAAAAAUUAAAAUGCCUGAUGUUAAGCUGCCGAGUGCGAAGCUUCCCGAGGUCAAGGCUCCCCAGGUACAGGUCAGUCUGCCAAAGGUGGAGGCAGAUAUUUCCCUUCCCAAAUCACAAGCUGAAAUUAAAGAGGCGGGAUUUGAAGUGAAAGUUCCCGACACGGAAAGCCGUAUUGAAGUUGAGACAGGGAAAACUGAGGCAGCAGGGAUGAAAAUACACUUGCCAAAAGUCAAGAUGCCUUCUAUAGGAUUUUCUAAACCAGAAAUCAAAGCUCCCAAAAUAGACAUGGAUGUUACUUUACCCAAAGUCGAUGUCACACUUCCAACGUGUGAUGUCAGUCUUCAAGAAGCUGACCUGAAAGCAGCCUCUGUUCCCGCAGAUGUCAAAAUCUCAGCACCUGGAGUCAAGAUGCCCAAAAUAGAAGGUUCCGUUCAACUGAAGGGUCCAGGGAUUGAAGUGAAACAGCCAUCAGCUGAAAUUACAGUGGAGGGACCAGAGUGGAAAGCUGCCAUUUUGGAAGGGAAAAUUCAAAUGCCUAAAUUUGAAAAGCCAAAGUUUGGAGUUUCACAUCCAAAAGGCAAAGUGCCAGAAGGCGAGAUCAGCUUACCCAAAAUGGAAGUUGACAUUUCCAAGCCAAAAGUCAAAGGCCAACUGGGUGCAAUUGGCAUGGAAAGCCCGACGCUAACAGUGGAAGCUGAUGUUCCCGACGUAGAGACUGAAGCUUCCGGCUGGAAAAUGCAAAUGCCAUCACUCAAAAUGACCAAAAUGCCUAAAGCAGACAUUGAAGAACCAAAGGUAGACAUCACCCUUCCAUCAGUAGAUGUUUCUUUUCCCAAGGCCAAGGUGGACAUUAAGGGCCCAGAAACAACAGCUAAAGCGGUGGAGAUAGAAGGUGACAUAAAAGCCACUGAUAAAGAUGCUAAAGGAAAAGAAAGAAAAUUCAAAAUGCCAACAUUUGGCAUGCCUUCAUUUGGCUGGUCCACUUCAAAAGAGACCAGUGGGGGAGUAGCAGAUGUUGAAGCAAGCCUCAAAGAGCCCCAAGUGACAUUGCCAUCAGCCAGGGAAGAAGGAGAGAUAACAGUGUCAGGACCUGCAAUUCGGGCUCCAAGUGUUGAACUGGAAAUCGGGACUUCUGCAGGAACAGAUGGUGAGAAGGGAAAAAUUAAAAUGCCUGAUGUUAAGCUGCCGAGUGUGAAGCUUCCCGAAGUCAAGGCUCCCCAGUUACAGGUCAGUCUGCCAAAGGUGGAGGUAGAUAUUUCCCUUCCCAAAUCACAAGCUGAAAUUAAAGAGGCGGGACUUGAAGUGAAAGUUCCCGACAUGGAAAGCCAUAUUGAAGUUGAGACAGGGAAAGCUGAGGCAACAGGGAUGAAAAUACAUUUGCCAAAAGUCAAGAUGCCUUCUAUAGGAUUUUCUAAACCAGAAAUCAAAGCUCCCAAAGGAGACGUGGAUAUUUCUUUACCCAAAGCCGAUGUCACACUUCCAAUGUGUGAUGUCAGUCUUCAAGAAGCUGACCUGAAAGCAGCCUCUGUUCCCGCAGAUGUCAAAAUCUCAGCACCUGGAGUCAAGAUGCCCAUAAUAGAAGGUUCCGUUCAGCUGAAGGGUCCAGGGAUUGAAGUUAAACAGCCAUCAGCUGAAAUUGCGGUGGAGGGAGCAGAGAUAAAAGCUGCCAGUUUGGAAGGGAAAAUUCAAAUGCCUAAAUUUGAAAAGCCAAAGUUUGGAGUUUCACAUCCAAAAGGCAAAGUGCCAGAAGGCAAGAUCAGCUUACCCAAAAAGGAAGCUGAUAUUCCCAAGCCAAAAGUCAAAGGCCAAGUGGGUGCAAUUGGCGUGAAAACCCCGACACUAGCAGUGGAAGCUGAUGUUCCCGACGUAGAGACUGAAGCUUCCGGCUGGAAAAUGCAAAUGCCAUCACUCAAAAUGCCCAAAAUGCCGAAAGCAGACACUGAAGCACCAAAGGUAGACAUCACCCUCCCAUCAGUAGAUGUUUCUCUUCCAAAGGCCAAGGUGGACAUUAAGGGCGCAGAAGCAACAACUAAAGCGGUGGAGAUAGAAAGUGAAAUAAAAGCCACUGAUAAAGAUGCUAAAGGAAAAGAAAGUAAAUUCAAAAUGCCAAAAUUCAGUAUGCCUUCAUUUGGCUGGUCCAACACAAAAGAGACCAGUGGUGGAGUAGCAGAUAUUGAAGCAAGCCUAAAAGAGCCCCAGGUGACAAUGCCAUCAGCCAGGGCAGAAGGAGAGAUAACAGUGUCAGAACCUGCAGACCAGGCUCCAAGUGUUGAACGGGAAAUGGGGAUUUCUGCAGGAACAGAUGGUGAGAAGGGGAAAAUUAAAAUGCCUGAUGUUAAGCUUCCGAGUGUGAAGCUUCCCAAAGUUAAGGCUCCUCAGGUACAGGUCAGUCUACCUAAGAUGGAGGCAGAUAUUUCUCUUCCCAAAUCACAAGCUGAAAUUAAAGAGGGGGGAUUUGAAUUGAAAGCUCCCGACAUGGAAAGUCGUAUUGCAGUUGAGACAGGGAAAACUGAGGCAGCAGGGAUGAAAACACACAUGCCAAAAGUCAAGACGCCUUCCAUGGGAUUUUCUAAACCAAAAACUAAAGCUCCCAAAAUAGACAUGGAUGUUACUUUACCCAAAGUCGAUGUCACACUUCCAACGUGUGAUGUCAGUCUUCAAGAAGCUGACCUGAAAGCAGCCUCUGUUCCCGCAGAUGUCAAAAUCUCAGCACCUGGAGUCAAGAUGCCCAAAAUAGAAGGUUCCGUUCAACUGAAGGGUCCAGGGAUUGAAGUGAAACAGCCAUCAGCUGAAAUUACAGUGGAGGGACCAGAGUGGAAAGCUGCCAUUUUGGAAGGGAAAAUUCAAAUGCCUAAAUUUGAAAAGCCAAAGUUUGGAGUUUCACAUCCAAAAGGCAAAGUGCCAGAAGGCGAGAUCAGCUUACCCAAAAUGGAAGUUGACAUUUCCAAGCCAAAAGUCAAAGGCCAACUGGGUGCAAUUGGCAUGGAAAGCCCGACGCUAACAGUGGAAGCUGAUGUUCCCGACGUAGAGAGUGAAGCUUCCGGCUGGAAAAUGCAAAUGCCAUCACUCAAAAUGCCCAGAAUGCCUAAAGCAGACAUUGAAGCACCAAAGGUAGACAUCACCCUUCCAUCAGUAGAUGUUUCUCUUCCAAAGGCCAAGGUGGACAUUAAAGGCCCAGAAACAACAGCUAAAGCGGUGGAGAUAGAAGGUGAAAUAAAAGCCACUGUUAAAGAUACUAAAGGAAAAGAAAGAAAAUUCAAAAUGCCAACAUUUGGCAUGCCUUCAUUUGGCUGGUCCACCUCAAAAGAGACCAGUGGGGGAGUAGCAGAUGUUGAAGCAAGCCUCAAAGAGCCCCAAGUGACAUUGCCAUCAGCCAGGGAAGAAGGAGAGAUAACAGUGUCAGGACCUGCAAUCCAGGCUCCAAGUGUUGAACUGGAAAUCGGGACUUCUGCAGGAACAGAUGGUGAGAAGGGAAAAAUUAAAAUGACUGAUGUUAAGCUGCCGAGUGUGAAGCUUCCCGAGGUCAAGGCUCCCCAGUUACAGGUCAGUCUGCCAAAGGUGGAGGCAGAUAUUUCCCUUCCCAAAUCACAAGCUGAAAUUAAAGAGGCGGGACUUGAAGUGAAAGUUCCCGACAUGGAAAGCCGUAUUGAAGUUGAGACAGGGAAAGCUGAGGCAACAGGGAUGAAAAUACACUUGCCAAAAGUCAAGAUGCCUUCUAUAGGAUUUUCUAAAGCGGAAACUAAAGCUCCUAAAGGAGACGUGGAUAUUUCUUUACCCAAAGCCGAUGUCACACUUCCAACGUGUGAUGUCAGUCUUCAAGAAGCUGACCUGAAAGCAGCCUCUGUUUCCUCAGAUGUCAAAAUCUCAGCACCUGGAGUCAAGAUGCCCAAAAUAGAAGGUUCCAUUCAGCUGAAGGGUCCAGGGAUUGAAGUGAAACAGCCAUCAGCUGAAAUUACAGUGGGGGGACCAGAGGGGAAAGCUGCCAUUUUGGAAGGGAAAAUUCAAAUGCCUAAAUUUGAAAAGCCAAAGUUUGGAGUUUCACAUCCAAAAGACAAAGUGCCAGAAGGAAAGAUCAGCUUACCCAAAAAGGAAGCUGACAUUCCCAAGCCAAAAGUCAAAGGCCAAGUGGGUGCAAUUGGCAUGGAAACCCCGACACUAGCAGUGGAAGAUGAUGUUCCCGACGUAGAGACUGAAGCUUCCGGCUGGAAAAUGCAAAUGCCAUCACUCAAAAUGCCCAAAAUGCCGAGAGCAGACACUGAAGCACCAAAGGUAGACAUCACCCUCCCAUCAGUAGAUGUUUCUAUUCCAAAGGCAGAAGUGGAGAUUAAGGGCCCAGAAGCAACAGCUAAAGAGGUGGAGAUAGAAGGUGAAAUAAAAGCCACUGAUAAAGAUGCUAAAGGAAAAGAAAGUAAAUUCAAAAUGCCAAAAUUCAGUAUGCCUUCAUUUGGCUGGUCCAACACAAAAGAGACCAGUGGUGGAGUAGCAGAUAUUGAAGCAAGCCUAAAAGAGCCCCAGGUGACAAUGCCAUCAGCCAGGGCAGAAGGAGAGAUAACAGUGUCAGGACCUGCAAUCCAGGCUCCAAGUGUUGAACGGGAAAUGGGGAUUUCUGCAGGAACAGAUGGUGAGAAGGGGAAAAUUAAAAUGCCUGAUGUUAAGCUUCCGAGUGUGAAGCUUCCCAAAGUUAAGGAUCCUCAGGUACAGGUCAGUCUACCUAAGAUGGAGGCAGAUAUUUCUCUUCCCAAAUCACAAGCUGAAAUUAAAGAGGGGGGAUUUCAAGUGAAAGCUGCCGACAUGGAAAGUCGUAUUGAAGUUGAGACAGGGAAAACUGAGGCAGCAGGGAUGAAAAUACACAUGCCAAAAGUCAAGAUGCCUUCCAUGGGAUUUUCUAAACCAAAAACUAAAGCUCCCAAAAUAGACAUGGAUGUUACUUUACCCAAAGUCGAUGUCACACUUCCAACAUGUGAUGUCAGUCUUCAAGAAGCUGACCUGAAAGCAGCCUCUGUUUCCUCAGAUGUCAAAAUCUCAGCACCUGGAGUCAAGAUGCCCAAAAUAGAAGGUUCCAUUCAGCUGAAGGGUCCAGGGAUUGAAGUGAAACAGCCAUCAGCUGAAAUUACAGUGGGGGGACCAGAGGGGAAAGCUGCCAUUUUGGAAGGGAAAAUUCAAAUGCCUAAAUUUGAAAAGCCAAAGUUUGGAGUUUCACAUCCAAAAGACAAAGUGCCAGAAGGAAAGAUCAGCUUACCCAAAAAGGAAGCUGACAUUCCCAAGCCAAAAGUCAAAGGCCAAGUGGGUGCAAUUGGCAUGGAAACCCCGACACUAGCAGUGGAAGCUGAUGUUCCCGACGUAGAGACUGAAGCUUCCGGCUGGAAAAUGCAAAUGCCAUCACUCAAAAUGCCCAAAAUGCCGAGAGCAGACAUUGAAGCACCAAAGGUAGACAUCACCCUCCCAUCAGUAGAUGUUUCUAUUCCAAAGGCAGAAGUGGAGAUUAAGGGCCCAGAAGCAACAGCUAAAGAGGUGGAGAUAGAAGGUGAAAUAAAAGCCACUGAUAAAGAUGCUAAAGGAAAAGAAAGUAAAUUCAAAAUGCCAAAAUUCAGUAUGCCUUCAUUUGGCUGGUCCAACACAAAAGAGACCAGUGGUGGAGUAGCAGAUAUUGAAGCAAGCCUAAAAGAGCCCCAGGUGACAAUGCCAUCAGCCAGGGCAGAAGGAGAGAUAACAGUGUCAGGACCUGCAAUCCAGGCUCCAAGUGUUGAACGGGAAAUGGGGAUUUCUGCAGGAACAGAUGGUGAGAAGGGGAAAAUUAAAAUGCCUGAUGUUAAGCUUCCGAGUGUGAAGCUUCCCAAAGUUAAGGAUCCUCAGGUACAGGUCAGUCUACCUAAGAUGGAGGCAGAUAUUUCUCUUCCCAAAUCACAAGCUGAAAUUAAAGAGGGGGGAUUUCAAGUGAAAGCUGCCGACAUGGAAAGUCGUAUUGAAGUUGAGACAGGGAAAACUGAGGCAGCAGGGAUGAAAAUACACAUGCCAAAAGUCAAGAUGCCUUCCAUGGGAUUUUCUAAACCAAAAACUAAAGCUCCCAAAAUAGACAUGGAUGUUACUUUACCCAAAGUCGAUGUCACACUUCCAACAUGUGAUGUCAGUCUUCAAGAAGCUGACCUGAAAGCAGCCUCUGUUCCCACAGAUGUCAAAAUCUCAGCACCUGGAGUCAAGAUGCCCAAAAUAGAAGGUUCCGUUCAACUGAAGGGUCCAGGGAUUGAAGUGAAACAGCCAUCAGCUGAAAUUACAGAGGAGGGACCAGAGGGGAAAGCUGCCAUUUUGGAAGGGAAAAUUCAAAUGCCUAAAUUUGAAAAGCCAAAGUUUGGAGUUUCACGACCAAAAGGCAAAGUGCCAGAAGGCGAGAUAAGCUUACCCAAAAAGGAAGUUGACGUUCCCAAGCCAAAAGUCAAAGGCCAAGUGGGUGCAAUUGGCAUGGAAAGCCCGACGCUAACAGCGGAAGCUGAUGUUCCCGACGUAGAAACUGAAGCUUCCAGCUGGAAAAUGCAAAUGCCAUCACUCAAAAUGCCCAAAAUGCCGAAAGCAGAUAUUGAAGUACCAAAGGUAGACAUCACCCUCCCAUCAGUAGAUGUUCCUCUUCCAACAGCCAAGGUGGAUAUUAAGGGCCCAGAAGCAACAGCUAAAGCAGUGGAAAUAGAAGGAGAAAUAAAAGCCACUGAUAAAGAUGCUAAAGGAAAAGGAAGUAUAUUGAAAAUGCCAACAUUUGGCAUGCCUUCAUUUGGCUGGUCCACCUCAAAAGAGACCAGUGGGGGAGUAGCAGAUGUUGAAGCAAGCCUCAAAGAGCCCCAAGUGACAUUGCCAUCAGCCAGGGAAGAAGGAGAGAUAACAGUGUCAGGACUGGCAAUCCAGGCUCCAAGUGUUGAACUGGAAAUCGGGACUUCUGCAGGAACAGAUGGUGAGAAGGGAAAAAUUAAAAUGCCUGAUGUUAAGCUGCCGAGUGUGAAGUUUCCCGAGGUCAAGGCUACCCAGGUACAGAUCAGUCUGCCAAAGGUGGAGGCAGAUAUUUCCCUUCCCAAAUCACAAGCUGAAAUUAAAGAGGCGGGACUUGAAGUGAAAGUUCCCGACAUGGAAAGCCAUAUUGAAGUUGAGACAGGGAAAACUGAGGCAACAGGGAUGAAAAUACACAUGCCAAAAAUCAAGAUGCCUUCUUUGGGAUUUUCUAAAUCAGAAAUCAGAGCUCCCAAAGGAGAUGUGGAUAUUACUAUAUCCAAAGUCGAUGUCACACUUCCAACGUGUGAUGUCAGUCUUCAAGAAGCUGACCUGAAAGCAGCCUCUGUUCCCGCAGAUGUCAAAAUCUCAACACCUGGAGUCAAGAUGCCCAAAAUAGAAGGUUCCAUUCAGCUGAAGGGUCCAGGGAUUGAAGUUAAACAGCCAUCAGCUGAAAUUGCGGUGGAGGGAGCAGAGAUAAAAGCUGCCAGUUUGGAAGGGAAAAUUCAAAUGCCUAAAUUUGAAAAGCCAAAGUUUGGCAUUUCACGUCCAGAAGACAAAGUGCCAGAAGGCGAGAUAAGCUUAUCCAAAAAGGAAGCUGACAUUCCCAAGCCAAAAGUCAAAGGCCAAGUGGGUGCAAUUGGCAUGGAAAGCCCGACGCUAACAGUGGAAGCUGAUGUUCCCGACGUAGAAACUGAAGCUUCCAGCUGGAAUAUGCAAAUGCAAUCACUCAAAAUGCCCAAAAUGCCAAAAGCAGAUAUUGAAGUACCAAAGGUAGACAUCACCCUCCCAUCAGUAGAUGUUCCUCUUCCAACAGCCAAGGUGGACAUUAAGGGCCCAGAAGCAACAGCUAAAGCAGUGGAAAUAGAAGGGGAAAUAAAAGCCACUGAGAAAGGUGCUAAAGGAAAAGAAAGUAUAUUGAAAAUGCCAACAUUUGGCAUGCCUUCAUUUGGCUGGUCCACCUCAAAAGAGACCAGUGGUCGAGUAGCAGAUGUUGAAGCAAGCCUCAAAGAGUUCCAGGUGACAUUGCCAUCAGCCAGGGAAGAAGGAGAGAUAAAAGUUUCAGGACCGGCAAUCCAGGCUCCAAGUGUUGAACUGGAAAUCGGGACUUCUGCAGGAAAAGAUGGUGAGAAGGGUAAAAUUAAAAUGCCUGAUGUUAAGCUGCCGAGUGUGAAGCUUCCCGAGGUCAAGGCUCCCCAGGUACAGGUCAGUCUGCCAAAGGUGGAGGCAGAUAUUUCCCUUCCCAAAUCACAAGCCAAAAUUAAAGAGGGGGGAUUUGAAGUGAAAGUUCCCGACAUUGAAAGCCGUAUUGAAGUUGAGACAGGGAAAACUGAGGCAACAGGGAUGAAAAUACACAUGCCAAAAGUCAAGAUGCCUUCUUUGGGAUUUUCUAAACCAGAGAUCAAAGCUCCCAAAGGAGAUGUGGAUGUUACUAUAUCCAAAGUCGAUGUCACACUUCCAACGUGUGAUGUCAGUCUUCAAGAAGCUGGCCUGAAAGCAGCCUCUGUUCCCACAGAUGUCAAAAUCUCAACACCUGGAGUCAAGAUGCCCAAAAUAGAAGGUUCCGUUCAUCUGAAGGGUCCAGGGAUUGAAGUUAAACAGCCAUCAGCUGAAAUUGCGGUGGAGGGAGCAGAGAUAAAAGCUGCCAGUUUGGAAGGGAAAAUUCAAAUGCCUAAAUUUGAAAAGCCAAAGUUUGGCGUUUCACGUCCAGAAUGCAAAGUGCCAGAAGGCGAGAUCAGCUUACCCAAAAUGGAAGCUGACAUUCCCAAGCCAAAAGUCAAAGGCCAAGUGGGUGCAAUCAGCGUGGAAACCCCAACACUAACAGUGUACGCUGAUGUUCCCGACGUAGAAACUGAAGCUUCCGGCUGGAAAAUGCAAAUGCCAUCACUCAAAAUGCCCAAAAUGCCGAAAGCAGACAUUGAAGUACCAAAGGUGGACAUCACCCUCCCAUCAGUAGAUGUUCCUCUUCCAACAGCCAAGGCGGACAUUAAGGGCCCAGAAACAACAUCUAAGGCGGUGGAGAUAGAAGGUGAAAUAAAAGCCACUGAUAAAGAUGCCAAAGGAAAAGAAAGUAAAUUCAAAUUGCCAACAUUUGGCAUGCCUUCAUUAGGCUGGUCCACCUCAAAAGAGACCAGUGGGGGAGUAGCAGAUGUUGAAGCAAGCCUCAAAGAGCCCCUGGUGACAAUGCCAUCAACCAGGGCAGAAGGAGAGAUAAGUGUGUCAGGACCUACAAUGCAGCCUCCAAGUUUUGAACUGGAAAUCGAGACUUCUGCAGGAAAAGAUGAUGAGAAAGGAAAAAUUAAAAUGCCUGAUGUUAAGCUGCCGAGUGUGAAGUUUCCCGAGGUCAAGGCUCCCCAGGUACAGGUCAGUCUGCCAAAGGUGGAGGCAGAUAUUUCCCUUCCCAAAUCGCAAGCCAAAAUUAAAGAGGGGGGAUUUGAAGUGAAAGUUCCCGACAUCGAAAGCCGUAUUGAAGUUGAGACAGGGAAAACUGAGGCAACAGGGAUGAAAAUACACAUGCCAAAAGUCAAGAUGCCUUCUUUGGGAUUUUCUAAACCAGAGAUCAAAGCUCCCAAAGGAGACGUGGAUGUUACUAUAUCCAAAGUCGAUGUCACACUUCCAACGUGUGAUGUCAGUCUUCAGGAAGCUGACUUGAAAGCAGCCUCUGUUCCCGCAGAUGUCAAAAUCUCAGCACCUAGAGUCAAGAUGCCCAAAAUAGAAGGUUCUGUUCAUCUGAAGGGUCCAGGGAUUGAAGUUAAACAGCCAUCAGCUGAAAUUACAAUAGAGAGACCGGAGGGGAAAGCUUCUGGUUUGGAAGGGAAAAUUCAUAUGCUUAAAUUUGAAAAGCCAAAGUUUGCAGUUUCACGUCCAAAAGGCAAAGUGCUGGAAAGUGAGAUCAGCUUACCCAAAAAGGAAGCUGACAUUCCCAAGCCAAAAGUCAAAGGCCAAGUGGGUGCAAUUGGCGUGGAAACCCCGACACUAGCAGUGGAAGCUAGUGUUCCCGACGUAGAGACUGACACUCCCGGCUGGAAAAUGCAAAUGCCAUCACUCAAAAUGCCCAAAAUGCCGAAAGCAGACAUUCAAGCACCAAAGGUGGACAUCACCCUCCCAUCAGUAGAUGUUUCUCUUCCAAAGGCCGAGGUGGAAAUUAAGGGCCCAGAAACAACAGCUAAAGCGGUGGAGAUAGAAGGUGAAAUAAAAGCCACAGAUAAAGAUGCCAAAGGAAAAGAAAGUAAAUUCAAAAUGCCAAAAUUCAGUAUGCCUUCAUUUGGCUGGUCCACCUCAAAAGAGACCAGUGGUGGAGUAGCAGAUGUUGAAGCAAGCCUCAAAGAGCCCCAGGUGACAAUGCCAUCAGCCAGGGCAGAAGGAGAGAUAAUAGUGUCAGGACCUGCAAUCCAGGCUCCAAGUAUUGAACUGGAAAUCGGGACUUCUGCAGGAAAAGAUGGUGAGAAGGGAAAAAUUAAAAUGCCUGAUGUUAAGCUGCCGAGUGUGAAGCUUCCCGAGGUCAAGGCUCCCCAGUUACAGGUCAGUCUGCCAAAGGUGGAGGCAGAUAUUUCCCUUCCCAAAUCACAAGCCGAAAUUAAAGAGGGGAGAUUUGAAGUGAAAGUUCCUGACAUGGAAAGCCAUAUUGAAGUUGAGACAGGGAAAGCUGAGGCAACAGGGAUAAAAAUACACAUGCCAAAAGUCAGGAUGCCUUCUAUAGGAUUUUCUAAACCAGGAGUCAAAGCUCCCAAAGGAGACAUGGAUGUUACUUUACCCAAAGUCGAUGUCACACUUCCAACGUGUGAUGUCAGUCUUCAAGAAGCUGACCUGAAAGCAGCCUCUGUUCCCGCAGAUGUCAAAAUCUCAGCACCUAGAGUCAAGAUGCCCAAAAUAGAAGGUUCCGUUCAGCUGAAGGGUCCAGGGACUGAAGGGAAACAGCCAUCAGCUGAAAUUACAGUGGAGGGACCAGAGGGGAAAGCUGCCAGUUUGGAAGGGAAAAUUCAAAUGCCUAAAUUUGAAAAGCCAAAGUUUGAAGUUUCUCUUCCAAAAGGCAAAGUGCUAGAAGAGGAGAUCAGCUUACCCAAAAAGGAAGCUGACAUUCCCAAGUCAGAGGUCAGAGACCAAGUGGGUGCAAUCAGCGUGGAAACCCCGACGCUAGCAGUGGAAGCCGAUGUUCCCAACAUAGAGAGUGAAGUUUCCGGCUGGAAAAUACAAAUGCCAUCACUCAAAAUGCCAAAAGCAGACACUGAAGCACCAAAGGUGGACAUCAGCCUCCCAUCAGUAGAUGUUUCUUUUCCAAAGGCCGAGGUGGAGAUUAAGGGCCCAGAAGCAACAGCUAAAGCGGUGGAGAUAGAAGGUGAAAUAAAAGUCACAGAUAGAGAUGCUGAAGGAAAACAUAGCAAAUUCAAAAUGCCAAAAUUCAAAGUCCCAUCCUUUAGCUGGUCACCAAAGAUAGAAGCAGUUGUUAUAUGUGAUACUGAAACAACCCUUGAGGAGCCUACUUUGGCCUCUUCAUUAGAAGAAACAGAAGCUGAACUAACAUUAACUGUAGCUGAGGUUCAGUGCCCAAGUGUGGAUCUCGAAAGUGAUAUGCCUAUAGGAAAAGAUGGUGAGAAGGGCAAUAUUAAAAAGCCUCAGUUCAGCAUGCCAAAGAUAUCACUUCCUAAAAUGAAGGGUCACAAAGGACAGGUCUCUCUGCCAAAAUUGGAAAGUGAUGUUAGUGGUCCUAAGCCAGAAAAUGAAGGAGAUGUUUCAGUGCAGAUAUCAGAGAAAGGAAGCAGUGGAGAUAGAGAAGGAAUAACCAUAAAAAUGCCAAAGGUUAAGAUAUCUACUUCAGAAUUUUCAAAAUUUGAAACCAAAGCUCCAAAAAUGGCUAUGGAUGUUAGCUUACCUACGGUUGAUCUCACGCUUCCUACAUAUGAUGCGACUAUUCAACAAGCUGACUUGAAAUUGAGGUCUGCUGGUGCUGAUGUCGGCCUGUCAUCCCCAGAUAUUAAGAUUCCAACAUCAGAAGGAUCCACAGAGUUGCAAAGUCCAGAAAUAGGAGUUGAAGGAAUAUCAGCUGGAAUUGCUGUGGAUGGAGCAGAGAUGAAAGUUGAAGGUCUUGAAGGGAAGAUUAAAAUGCCCAAAGUCCAAAAUCCAAAGUUUGCAAUUUCACAUCCUAAAGGGAAAGUGCCAGAGAGUGAGAUCAACUUAUCCAAAAUGGAAGCUGAUGUUCCCCAGCUAAAAGCAAUGACAGAUAUUGUUGACAUUGCUGUGGAAGCACCAACAAUAGAAGUUGAAUCUGCCAUCCCUAAUGCAGAAACAGAAUCUUCAGGCUGGAAAACCGAAAUGCCGAAAAUAUCUGAAGCUGAUAUUAAGACACCCAAAGUUGACAUUAACCUCCAAUCCAACAUUUCUGUUCCAAUGACAGAGAUUAGCAUUCAAGAUUCAAAUAUGGCAUCUAAAGCAACAAUGGUUGAGGAAGAAAUAAAACCUGGAGAUACAGAUAUGGAAGGGAAAGAAGGACAUUUCAAGUUGCCAAAAUUCAAAUUGCCAUCAUUUAGUUGGUCACCAAAAAAAGAAGCAAGCAUUAAAGCUGAUUCUGAAGCACUUCUGGAAGAGCCUAGAAUUACUGUAUCAUCAGGCAAAACAGACACAAAACUAGCAGAAAUUGUAACUAAGGAUCAGGGUCCAAGCAUGGAUCUUGAUAUUGAAAUAUCUACAGGAAAAGAAGAACAAAAAAGCCAAAUUAAAAAGCCUCAAUUUAUCAUGCCUAAAAUUUCAUUCUCCAAAAUUAAGGCUCCUAAAUCUCAGGUGAAUCUGCCAAAAGUGGAAGGUGAUGUUACUGUUCCUAAACCAGAAAGAGAUGGAGAAGACUUAGUGCAGAUACCUGAUAUAGAAAGCAGUCAUACCAAAAGCACAGAAGAGGGAGCACAAAUAAAUAUAAAAAUGCCAAAAGUUCAGAUUCAUACUCUGGAUUUUUCCAAACCAGAAGUCAAAGUUCCCAAAUCAGACAUGGACAUUAGCCUACCUAAGGCUGAUGCCACCUUUCCUACAUAUGAUGUGAGUCUUCAACAGGCUGAUCUCAAAUUAAGGUCUGCUGGUGAUGAUGUCAGCUUAUCCCCAGGUAUUAAAUUUCCCACAGCAGAAGCUUCCAUUGAGCUGAAAAGUCCAGAAACAGGAAUUGAAGGACCAUUGGCAGUGGAUGGAGCAGAAGUGAAAGCUGAAAGUCUUGAAGGGAAGAUGAAAAUGCCUAAAUUCCAAAAGCCAAAGUUUGGAAUUUCACUUCCAAAAGGCAAAAGACCAGAAAGUGAGAUCAGCUUACCCAAAAUGGAAUCCGGAGUUCCCCAGCUUACAAUGACAACAGAUAUUGCUGACAUUGCUGUGGAAGCUCCAAUACUAGAAAUUAAAUCUGAUGUCUCUCAUGCAGAAAUAGAGGUUUCAGCUGGGAAAAUGAAAAUGCCUCAAGUUUCUAUCACUGACAGUAAAGCUCCAAAGAUGGAUGUUAGUCUCCCAUCAGUUUCUGUUUCAACCACAGAGGUGGCCAUUCAAAGCCCUAAGAUGGAGGAUAUGAAAGUGCAAAUCGAACAUGAAAUGAAGUCUGGAGAAAUUCAGACUGAAGAACAUCAGGGCUGGUUUAAAAUGCCAAAAUUCAGAAUGCUAUCAUUUGGUCGGUCAUCUUCUAAGGAAAAAAGAGGUGACAUUGAUAGUGAAGGGAGCCUGGAAAAGCCUCAAGUAAGUGUUCCUUCUGCUGAAAUGCAAACUGAAAUAGAAGCUCCUAAAUAUGCAACAUCAUUGCCAUAUGUGGACACUGAAUCUGCUGCUGGAAAGGAUGUUUUGGAAGGUAAAAUCAAAUCUGCUAAAGCAGAGAUUCCAAAAGUGGGAUUUUCUCUCCACAAAGGUAAAAGUUAUGAUGUUACCUCAUCAAAGUUUGAAGCAGAAGUUUCACUACCUCCAGAAAAAGUAGUUAUUAAAGUGAGCAUUCCUGAAACAGAAACUUAUGCUGAUGUAGUUAAACGUGGUACUGAAGGACAACAAUUGAAAACAUAUACUCCAAAAGUCAUGAAACCUAAGGUAGAACUCUCUACAUCAGAAAUUAGUGCUUCAAAAACUAGGGUGGACAUCAGCUUACCAAAAGCUGACAUUACACUCCCUAAAUGUGAUCUGACCCUUCAAGAACAAAAAGCCAAAUCAGAGCGUGCAGGGGUUCCAGCAGCAGAACAUUCCAUUGAACUGAAGAGUCCAGAAAUAGGAGCCAAAGCACCAUCUGUUGAAAUUGCUUUGGAUGGAACCCAGAAGAAAUUAGAUGUCCUCCCAAAAGUAGAGCUGGAUAUUCUACAUGCAGGUGCAGGAAUUAAAACUGAAAAGCUAGAGGGUGUGAUAAAAUCUACAGAAAAGGAUGUUCAAGGAAGAGAAAGUAAAUCAAAAAUGCCAAAAUUCAGUGUACCCUCAUUUGGAUGGCCUGCCACAAAGGGAACAGGAGAUGUUGCUGAUGUUAAAACGAACCUUGAAGAGACCAAGAUUGGUGCUCCAGGAAUUAAAAUGGAUACUGAAAUAAGUGUUGUAGACCAUGAAAUACAGUUUCCAGCUGAAAGUGUUGAAAAAGAUAUAUCUGCAGGAGUCAGGGUGAAAGUGGAAGGUGGAGAUGAAGCAAGCAAAAUGAAAACAUCUAAAUUUAAGAUGCCAAAGUUUGGAGCGUUACAUUCAAAAGCAAAGGGUUCUGAAGUUGAUGUCUUUCUCCCAAAGUUAGAGGCUGAAGUUUCACUGCCUAAAACUGAACUAGGCAUAGUAGACUUCCAGUUUAAAAAAGCAGAUGGCUCCAUUGACCUGCAAAGUCCAAGUUCAGACCUUAUGGAACCAUCAACUGGGAUUUCAAAGGACAAGCCAGACAAGCAAAGUGAAAGUGUAGAGAUAAAUAUUAAAAUUCCCAAGUUAAAAAUACCAGCGUUCACUUACAAUGCACCCACAGCUGAAACUGACAUUUCAACAUCAAAAGUGGCAACAGACUUGAAAGGUGCUGGUACUGACAAUGAAACACCAAAACUGGAAGUAAGCACUAGGAUCCCUAAAGAAAGACCAGAGUUUGCGGGUGGUAAUAUCCAAACGCCAUCAGUCAAAAUUCCAACAUUGGCUGAAUGUGACAUUAAAACCUCACAGGUAUACGUUAAACUCCCAUCCACAGACUUUUCGGUUUCAAAAGCAGCACUACAGAUUCAGGGACCACUUGCAGAGGGUAAAGAUAUAAAGAUACAAAGUGAAGUUGAAUCUGGACAUGGUGAUAUCGAAACGCGUGAGACUUACACCUCUCAGAUAGUGAAAGAAUCUGAGAUUCCUUCAUCAGAAAUAAAAACUGCUAGUUUUGGAUUUUCACUUCUCAAAGUGAAGAUACCUGAGUCACACGUUAAACUAGACAUGCCAGUCAAACCGCAGUCUUAUACAGAAUAUAAACAUGAGGUGUCCAAGAGUGAAGUUCACCAACCUAAACUUUCUGAUGCAACUUUAGGGGUAGCAAUACAGAAGACUGACUCUGCUGAGUCUAAAUUAUCUGGCAAACAACAAAAUGAAACUGAUGAAUCUAAUGAUGUCAUUUCUUCCAGUGUUAGUUUGCCACAAUUGAAAACAUUUACAGUUGAAGUACAGCCUUCCAGUAAACUUGGAGACACUCAAUCUGAUAAGCAACCAGAAGAAAUAGCUGUAUCUCCUCUCUCUAAAGAUGAUAAAAUAGCUAAAAUACCAGAAGAUGAGGAAAAAGAUAUGAAGGAUGAAAAAGAAAAAACUGACAGUAAAAGAUCUUCUGGCAGAUUCAAAUUUUGGCUUCCAAGUAUUGGAUUUUCUUCCUCUGUUGAUGACACAGGCUCAGAUUCCAAACCUGAAGUCCAAAAAUCAAUUCCAGAAGAAAUCCAACCUGUUGAUUCUUCUGCAUCAGAUACUGACUCUUCUAAACAAACUGAAAAAACUGGAUGGUUUAGAUUUCCCAAAUUAGGCUUCUCAUCCCCAUCAAAAAAGGCUAAGAACAUUGACAAAGAAGAAGAGACAAAUCUAAAAGAAAUGAAAACUUCAGAUGAUGAAAGUCCAUCAGAGAAACCUGAAACAUUUUUUGAUGCAGAAGAAAGCUUAUCGCCUAAAGAAGAAACAAUUAAGGGUGAAGAAAAUGAAACUACAGGGACCUCAUCUAAUGUCCAAGUUUCUGGUGCUAUAGUUACAUCAUCAGCAAGAACUGAAUUAAUCUUGUUGGAGAGGGAAAAAGCUAGUCAGCAAAGUAUUCUUGAAAAGACCACCAAAUGAGUAUUUUUUUUCUGAUCUAAAUGUGUAUGGAAAAUCUGAAUGUAGAACAAACUAAGAGAAAAACACAUGCAGAAAAAUGCUGUCUUCCCAAAGAGUUUUCCAGAAGAAAUGAAAGUGGAACAGAACUUAAAACUGACAUUUAUGAAAACAGUCUAUGGAUCAUUCUUCACUACACUGGCAUUUGCAAGCACAUGAACAUACUGUAGGUCCUAAUGUAACUUUUGUUUCCAUGAGAUGUACCCACGAAGAAACACACAACUGCUGAUGAAAAGGAUGCAUUCAUACUUUUAACAAAGUCUGAUAAAAUUCUCCUAACCAUGCAAAAUAAAGUGUUGAAUGGAGCAAAGAUAGUGAAAAGAUUUUAUUAAAUAUAAUUCUCUAAAACAUGCCAAUUGUGUUUAGAUUAUAGAUUAUUUGCAGAAAGGAGUAUAAAGCUAGUGCUAUGAGGACUAGAAAUAUACAUAACUGUUUAGAUUUUAUUUUAUUAAAUAUAUGUCUGUCUUGAUGUUGCUUUCUUAUGAAAAAUAUAUUUUCUUUAUCUUAGAUAGAGCAAUAUUUGUAUUCCAUGAUCAUUUUAAAAUGUCAAACAAGUAGAAAUAAUACUGUUGAUAUGACACUCCUUCCCCCCACACCCCAAUUAGUAGGGUGGAUAAUAUUUAGCCUUAAAAAAAAAUAAAAACUUCAGGAAAUGCUCCAGAUUCCUGAAAAAUAUAUACUGCUGACUCACAUAUUCAAAAUACAAAAAUAAAAUAUGGCAACUGAGAAGAAGAAUAAAAAAAAUUGGGGUAAGAAAGAUCAUUAUGUAUAUACUUAUCAGAAUAGUUAAUGCAUAGAAUGGGGCAUAUGUGAGUGGAAUCACUGGAAAGGUUUUUCCAGAGAAAUAAGAUGUAAAUAGUUAUUUACCUUUUGUUUAUAUCAAUGCUUCUCUUAAGUACACGACCAAAAAGGUAGUACCAUAUAUGUUAGCCAUCACUGUACAUGUAUUACUAGAAUGUUGAAUGUAUUCUCAAUUCACAGUACAGUCACUGUAUUGAUAAUAAAUGCAGUAACAUUA